CCCUCUGAGACGCUGCAACUUUUGCCAGUCCAUCUCUUAUGGUCAUUUAUUGACCACAUCUUCUCUCUCUCUCUCUCUCUCUCUCUCACUCUCUCAUAUUUAUCCUUCAAGUAUAUUGACCACCAAUUCAUCUCCUUCAAAUUUAUCCCAAUACCAAGGGGAAAAAAAUGUCCAACAUUAAACUAUGCAACUUACUAUUGCUAUUCGUCACCUUAAUCGUAGCAGCAUAUGUUAUACAAGGAUGUAGAAAGCAAUCAGAAGUUGAUGGUCGUCCAAGGGUCUUCCAUCCAUCAAGAGCACAGAAGGAAAUAUAUUUGCAGGGUGGGAAUGAAAGAAUGAUGACGAGGAGGAACUCAAGGAGAUUGAUGAUAGGAUCCACGGCUCCGACAUGUACUUACAAUGAAUGCCGAGGAUGCAAGUACAGGUGCAGAGCGGAGCAAGUUCCAGUGGAGGGGAACGACCCGAUUAAUAGCGCAUACCACUACAGAUGUGUUUGUCAUAGGUAAUCCGAUUACCCGAUUAAUUGAUCGAAGAAACAAAAAAGACUGUUUUUGUUAAUUAGGAAGCACUUUUCUUUUGGGUUUUGAAUGAAUAAAGAAAUGCAUGAAUUUUAUU